UCCAUCUACCUCAACAUAAUCCACCAGCGAGCCAUGAUACGGCAAUAACACGGCCGCAUACGCAUACGCAUAUACACUCUUUUACACCACCACCACCACCACCACACCAUGGAGGACAAAUACGUGGGCCUCCUGCUGGCCGUCAUGUCCUCCCUCGGCAUCGGCGCCUCCUUCGUCAUUACCAAAAAGGGCCUCAACGCCGCCGCCGCCGCCCACGGCUUCGAAGGCGACGGCUUCGCCUACCUCAAGAACCCCAUCUGGUGGGGCGGCAUCACCACCAUGGUCAUCGGCGAGAUCUUCAACUUCGCCGCCUACGCCUUUGCUCCCGCCAUUCUCGUCACGCCGCUGGGGGCGCUGUCGGUGUUGAUUGGAGCGGUGUUGGGGAGUUACUUCUUGGGGGAGCGGUUGGGGGUGUUGGGCCGGGUGGGAUGUGCGACCUGUUUGAUUGGGAGUGUGGUGAUUGUCCUGCAUGCCCCGCCGGAUCAGGAGUUGAGGGAUAUCAAUGAGUUGUUGCAUUUUGCGCUUAUGCCUGGCUUCCUCUUCUACGCCGCCGUCGUCCUCGCCUUCUCCCUCGUCAUGAUCUACGUCAUCGCGCCCAAGUUCGGCAAGAAGAACCCGAUGGUCUACAUCUCCAUCUGCAGCGCCGUCGGCAGCAUCUCCAUCAUGGCCAUCAAGGGCCUCGGCCUCGCGCUCAAGAUGACGGUGCGCGGCGAGAACCAGUUCACCAGCGCCAGCACCUACGUCUUCGGCAUCAUGGUCGUGGUGUGCAUCAUGACGCAGAUGAAUUACUUUAAUAAGGCGUUGAGUCAGUUUAGCACGAACAUAGUCAACCCCCUCUACUACGUCACCUUCACCACCUGCACCCUCCUCGCCUCCUUCAUCCUCUUCCGCGGCUUCAACACCACCGACGGCACCAACACCGUCUCCCUGCUCUGCGGCUUCCUCACCAUCUUCACCGGCGUCUACCUGCUCAACCUCUCGCGCGAAGACCCGGACGGCGCGCACCUGGGCAUGAUGAAUGGCGGGGGGAAGUACCACGCCGUCGACGGCAUCCCGGUGGACGGGGUGGCGGGACUGUCAACCCGGCUGAGUAUGCAGGCAAGAAGAAGCGGGGAUGAAGGGCAUCGACGCAGCGGGAGUUGGAGUUUACGCAGCCCCAUUACUGCUUCGGGAAGGGGUGACAGCGGGGUGCGGUACGGGUCGGGAGAUCAACAGCAACAUCUAAUGCACAGCUACGACGUCGAGGCCAACGCGCUGGGGGGGUUGGCGGAGGAGGAUAGCGACGAUGAGGAGAGUUCCGGGUAUUCGAACCGGAAGCGGACGAGUUUCGAGGACACGCGGGCGGUGUUUUUACUGCAUGGCGAGCAUCGUGUGGGCCGGAGUUUUGUUUUGGGGGAAAGAGCACUACACGCAUUAUGAGGCGUUGUUUGGCUGAUUUUGCUGGAUUUCUACACGUAGUAAGUACCAGGCGGAAGCUGCCUCUGCGAGGCAUGUGCGUUCGGAGCAAUUCUGAACACGAAAGGAGAGAGGAAGAGAGAGGCAGAGAGAGGCAGGCACAGGCAGAGAGUGGCAGAGCACAAGCUGUUGGAGAUACACAAUCAGCAUCACACGUCAACGCAGUGGACCCCAAGCAAGCCGCUCG